UGAAGCUUUGAGAGGUUGUAGACAUUCUUACCGCUGUCUGAUGGAACAGAGACACUGUGAUGAAAGAGACCCUCAUCGGACACAACCGCUCUUCCCUUCUGCAAUCUGUCCAAAAAAGCAUCUGAAGACACCAAACUGGCCGGAGUACAGUGAAAGAGACAUUUCCGUAUGGUCUGUGGACGAAAAACUGAGCAACCUGUGAAGUGAACAAAUAAAGGACAAGCGACAGUGUGAGGAGGAGUAUUUGGCCCAUGUUGCUCUAGGAGUGAGUGAGUGAGUGUGUGUGUGUGUGUGGGUGUGUGUGUGAGUGUGUGCGUGUGUGUGUGAGUGUGUGUAUGAGAUGCUGGCCUGUCUGCCAGGGCCAGGUGAUCUCUCCCUUCAGCUCCACCCCCACUCGCAGAUGAACACUGGACUUCAGAAAUGGGACACUCCACAAAGGAUGAGAUCUGCUCAGUAUCCAACCCCUGCGGAAUUGGAUGCUUAUGCUAAAAAGGUUGCCAACAAUCCACUCACCAUCAAGAUCUUCCCCAACAGCGUCAAGGUCCCUCAGCGAAACCACAUUCGACGUACAGUCAACGGACUUGACACCGCUGGCCCCAGAUACAGUCCCUACCCUUCCUCUCAGACCACUGCCAAGACUGGUCUCCUUGCCAUCGUCAAAGUGCCCCUCGUCAAGGGCAUCAUCAAGGACUUUGACGGCACACGGGCACGUCUGCACCCAGAGGUGAUUAUGAAUGCCGCCGGCGGCCCUUAUGCAGCCACCUCGGCCAGCACUUUAAACCUGCACCACCUGUCGCAGGGUCCUCCCAGAGCGUCCCAGAAUCCACAGGGACUUCCUCAACACCCUCAGAAUCUCCAGACUUUGCAGCAACAGCCUGGGCCUCCACACCAAGGACUCGGACACAGACCUUCUUCCUCCAUGCCACAGCAACUCCAGGGCCUUCCGAGGCCUCAGAAUCUGUCCCACGCAGCUUCUUUAGGCCACCCUGGCGCCCACCCACCUUCAGCCAUCCUGCUUCCUCAGCAGCACCUACAAAAUCCCUCUGCAAGCCUGCAGGUGGGUGCUCGGAAGUUACCGGUUGCAGACGCCCCUCCUAACGUGACUGUUUCUACCUCAACCAUUCCAUUGUCCAUGGCCGGAGGGAUCCACCAGGACCGUCAGGCGGACUUAAACAGCAUAGUGCAUCAGAUAAGCCAGUUCUGCCAGGCUAGGGCUCAGGGCGCUGGUGCCACAUCGAUGUGUGAAGGGCAGAUUGCCAACCCUAGUCCCAUUAACCGAAAUCUACUCAUCAACGCCAGUUCUCGAGUGUCAGUGCAUGCGGGAAACCCUAGUGCACUCGCUCCUGGUCUUAUGCACCCAUCCUGUGCUAUUGGACCUCCUGAUAAAGUAACUGCUUCUGCGCCGGUGAGUGCAAUGCCUCCACAUAACAUGGCAGCAAUGAACCACAUGUAUCACAGCGAUAUGAAACAACAGCACCUACAGCAUCAAAGCCAUCAAUCUCAGCGAAAUCCCCAGCACCCACAGAUGAGGUCCUGGACUCAGCAUCAGCUUGCUCACCUUCAGCACAUUUCGGAAGGGGGCGGACACCCCUGCAAACCGCAGAGUCUUGACCCUGGCCUCCCCUGCAAGGGCAUUACCUAUCCCCCAGAAAUGGGCAUGGGGCAGCCUUAUGCCAUGAAACCCUCCAGCCCCUCGCCGCCACUUGCCAACAACCACAGCAGCAAUGCAAUGCCCCCAGGCGCGGUAACGCACUACACCAAUGGGCAGUACUACCACCAGCCGCCGGUAUGGGGUAGUAUUCUUCCCACACCCAACAGUGACAGCUCUGGCUCACAGGACCUCCCGGUGCCCUUCCAUGGCACUGGCACGGGCAAUACCAACCCCACCCCAGGGAUGGACCCCGUGGGAGGAGCGGCCCAUUAUCGAUUAGUAGGGGGUGCCUUAAUAGGGCAGACUAAUCUGAUGCAAACUGCAGAUUGCAUGGGAGGGGACUUCCAGACACCCUGCUUCCGAGAUCAGAAUCUCAUCCUGAUGGGGAAGAUGCACAGGCCACCCCCUAUGGGCCGGGUAGUGGUCCCCCCCUCCCAGACGCAAGGCCAGCACCCAGGGUACAGAUAAGCUUCAGCCCACAAGCCUCAGACACAGUCUCUCCUCAGUGAAGUCAGCCACACAUGUGCGUGUCCUCGACAUCUUCUGUUAGUCUUAAUAAAAUUACAUUACGAGAGGAACUAAAUGAGCUCAAAAUCUCAAGGAUGAUUGUCGAUGAAAACAAAGAAAAAAAUAAGAAUAUAAACAUGUCUAAUGAAGAGCAGUGUUUUGUGUUACUAAUCUUGCAAGUGAUCAAUUUUUUUUUUUUGCUUUUUAACAAGUGCUUUUUGAGGCACUAAAGGGAAUUUAAUUUAGUUUUUUUCCCCACUUCAGUCCUGUCUAUCUCCUAGUACCCGGAUCUCAAGUGCUCCUGGGUUAUUUAUGAACAUCUUUCUUGUGUUAGUGCUUACUUUAUUAAAAGUGUCUUGUGAAAUAGAUCACUUCUAAGCUGAGAGCACCAGGCCUUCUGUGCAUUGGACAACCAACUUGCUUUCAUUUGAGAGAUCUACGUUUCAAGCCUGUCUUAUAACAUCAAGAUGGCUGACAGGCUCAGAGCACUUCCCUCUUCAGCAUGACACAUUCUUUGUCCUUUCUUUCUUUUUUCAGUGUCUGAACUAUGUAGGAAAAUGCCAAUCACUGGUCCCUUCAGACUGUUCCUAGGUGAAAGCUCUUGUCAUGUGCUCCUUUACACCAGGCACCCGUGUUUCUUUAUUUUUAGAAAUAAAAUGGAUUUGUUAUGGGCUUUAUGGAUUUAUGUGUGAAAUGGGAACUGCUUUAAGCUUGUGAAAGGUUGAAACAUCACCUCGUUUUGCUGGACACAUUGUGACCGACAGGAAACUUAAAAGACAGGAACCGCAUUCAUGUAUCACGCCUCUUUUAGUGAUGCAACAAAUCAGGUGUCAUUUGCAUUCUGAGUCACUAAUGUGAGUGAAGUUUUGUAUAAUGAUUGUGAAAGCUUCUGUCUUUUCUCCGUAAAGCUGUAAAGGCCAAAAGAGAAGAGCUACAGAUGUUAAUGUUAAAGCUGUGCCAUUUUCGUUUUACCUAAUCAUUAUACUCCCUUUAUUUCUUAACAUAUGAGAAACUACUACUUGAAUUGUAUAGAUGAGUUGUGCAGUUUCAGGUGGGUCAUAUGUGGUAUAGCUGUAAGUGGGUUUGCAGGACUAAACAUACUACUGAAGGUGGUGUCUGUAGGCUUGUUACUAAUAUUAUGAUGUAGAAACUAUGUACCAAAUCAAGGGUUUAUGAUCCUGCUUUUUCUAAUUCAUCCUUUAUAAUAACAUAAAGUAGGAAUUGCUACUGAUUCUUUUGUGAAGUGUGCUUGAAUUGACCAAAUUGAUCACUUGCAAGAUCAUUUGUGGUUAAAUUAAGGAGGACUUUUUAAAAGAAAAAAAGUCAAAAAGGUGAAACAGCAGGUGAAUUGCUUAUUUUAUUGUACACUGGCUUAUCUACUGUACUGCUGUAUCCUUAAAGAAGUGUAAUAACUGUGUAUGAAUGCGGCUGCAUAUGGAUAUGGGUUCACUGACUUGGUGUGCAUGUGAUGAGCGCAUGUGUGUGAUGGUGAAUGGGGUGUGUGUGCUGGUGGGUCACUUUGUCUUGACUCACUGUUGGUUUGCCUCCCCUUAACAGCCCUCAUGAAGCCUUAAGUAUUUGGUCCUUGGACUUUCCUUUGACAACAAGCAUGAUUAUAAUAAAGGUAUAAUGAAUUCUGAUUUUGAAAAAUAGACUAUAAAGGAACAGCAUUUUUCCUUGUUUAUUUUUAUUAACUUGAGCUUUUGUUGAAUAGAAAAGCAAUUCUUUAGAAUUACUUUAUAAUGUAAACGAAGAAAUAAAGAAUAUUUUAUCGUCAUUAUGUUUUAUAGCUGUGUGUAGUUCUGGGCUGUAACAAAAUCUUUUUAUUCCAUGUUUCAAAGCUUCAGUUUUGCAAUUUGUGCUAUUUAUAAUUCUGAACUAGAUUAUUUUCUCAUUAUUUACAUUUUUUUUUUUUUUUUGCAAUUGCUGUGAAAUGGAGGAAGCUUCUAGAAGCCUUUCUCGUAUCUGUCACUCUGUGGCUGUCGAUUGAAUGCGUGGGAAGAAUCUGAAGAGUGUGAGAGUUGUGCUACUCUUUUUUUGUAAUAUUGUAAUAAUAAAAUAAAGUUCUAAUUUAUGCUUUCA